AUGGCGUCUUCAGGACCCAUCAAACUCAUGUCCUUACCUUCACCACUGCUUCUAGUUCUCGUAUUCAUGCUCAUAUCUCUAGCCAUGGCUCAAAGGCCUACCGAAACCAUUACCGAGUUCUACUUGCAAGACUUGGCAUCCGGUUCAAAUGCCACCGUUCAACCUAUCACCGGCAUAAGAAACAGGCCUUUGUCCUUCACUUCAUUCGGCACCAUUUUCGCCCUUGACGACCCAAUCACAGUAACCCCGGACAAGAGCUCAACCGAAAUUGGUCGAGCUCAAGGCAUUAUGGUGGCCUCUUCACUGUCUGGCUCUAACGUCCAUGUUUCAUUGUCGUUUGCUUUUAGCAAUGGUAGCAGCCUUGAGGUACAAGGCACCAGCCGUCAGUUCGAGAGGUACAAGGAGCUAGCUGUGGUUUCAGGGACCGGAACUUUCAGAUAUGCGAGGGGUUAUGCUACCUUGGAGAGCAUUUACUAUGACAACAGAACUUCCUACUCGAUCAUUCGCUGCACCACUAGGAUCAUUCUCUCCUGA